AUGGCCGCCCAAAACCAACACACUGAGAAAGACUCUGCCUACGAAAUUGAGGAUGUCACACCCCCGGAGAUUGAGCAGGUACCGGAAGAUGUCGACCAUGGCUUCACUAAAGAAGAGCAGAAGCGAAUUCUACGUCAUGUUGACAGAAGACUGGUGCUGACAUGCGGCCUCUUGUUCUGCAUCUGCCUGAUGGAUCGGACGAAUCUUGGUAUUGCUGUUCUGUCCGGAAUGCGCACCGAUCUCAACCUGAUCGGGAACCGAUAUAACAUCAUUACGGUCGUCUUCAUGCCAACAUAUGCUCUAUCCAUGCCGAUCGCCAACAUAAUACUCAAGAAAGCCGGAGCACGCGCGUUCCUGCCUACGGUCUGUCUUUUGUGGGGCAUCACCCUCCUUGGAAUGGGUUUCGUGAAGAUCUGGUCACAGUUGAUCCCGUUGAGACUUUUACUUGGAGUGUUUGAAGCUGGCUGCUUUCCAGGCUGUGCAUAUUUAUUGAGCUGCUGGUAUACAAGAUAUGAGCUGCAGAAACGAAAUGCCGGCUUCUACAUGGUUGGCAUUUUAUCUCAAGCAUUCUCCGGCAUUCUGGGCUUUGCUUUCUCGAAAGCGGAAGGCUCUGGAGUAGGUCCUGCUUGGUUGGGACGGCUCGACGUGAAAACCGGAGUGCAUGGUCCUGGCUUGUCAGGCUGGCGUUGGAUUUUCAUUCUCCAAGGGAUCGUCACCGUUUUCAUCGCUCUAAUCGCAUACGUGACGAUUGUGAACUUCCCUGAGACCGCUCACAGGACUUUCGGUUUGAAAUUCUUGAACGACGCCGAAUCGAAGUGGAUUGUGGCUCGUCUUCAGGCAGACCGGGAAGAUGUCUACGCAGAGAAAUUCCGUCUUCGCGAAUUCCUCGCCAACGCCCUGGAUCUCAAUACCUGGUUUUUCACGAUCAUCUUCCUCUGCAACAGCUGUCUCACUUACUCAAUUGCCUAUUUCCUACCCAUCAUCCUUCGAGACGGUAUGGGUUUCGGAGUGGCAGCUGCUCAAACGCUUACGGCGCCCCCACACCUUGUCUCUCUACCGUUCAUGUACGGCUUUGCGUGGGCAGGUGACAAGUACCGCAGACGUUCCCCGAUUCUCAUGUGCUGUGGAACAAUCACCAUCAUCGGCCUCUCCCUUCUAGCAUUCGCCAAGAACACAGGCGCAAGGUACUUCGGCGUCUUCCUGGCAUGUAUUGGUUCGAACAGCACGAUUCCCGCACUGUUGACAUGGCAGGGCAACAACGUAAGAGGUCAGUGGAAGCGUGCUUUCAGUAACGCUUUGAUGAUUUCGAGUGGUGGCAUUGGUGGCGUCAUUGCUGGCUUCGUUUUCAGAACGCAAGAUGCUCCAGCGUAUAUUCCUGGCAUCACAACGGGCAUUGUAUGUGGGGCGCUGAUUCUACUGAGUUCGGUGAUUCUUGCGAUCCGUUUCUGGAGGGAUAACAAGAAGGCGGACCAAGGCCAGAAGACCCUCGAGGGUUUGGAAAGAUUCAGAUACACAUUGUAG